AUGGGUCACUGGAGAGACAUCUUCAGCGUCAAUGGCGAGCGGGCUCGCCAUCGUCUGCAUAUAGAACAACGUCGAUUGCUCCCUGCUUAUACUGUCGACGAAGCUUCUCCCCCGCAUCCAUCGAAAGAAAUCACCAAGGUUGCACUGCGGUUGAAGUACCAGAUUGAACAGGUGGUACCAUGCGAGCUCCAGGAGGAUGACCUCACCAACCCGAACAGCCGGAUCAUCACAAAGGAUGUUAUUCAGACCGCUAAGCAGGCUGGGACCGGUGAACUUCGUGGCUGCGUUGUGAUUGCGCUGCUUGUUUGUCUGAGAUGGUUCAAGUACCAAGCUACGGUUGAGCUCUGGGACUCGGAUCUGCUUGAAAGUCGGGCCGUUGCAAGUGAGGUUAUUGCCAAGCGCAUCAUCGAAACCGAAGAGAACCAGGACUUCCUGUUCAAGGAAUGCCUGCUGAAGCGUUACUCAUAUUUCGCGGACGGGGAAGAAACUACCCCGGCCAACGUCAUCGAACGUGCGGUUGACCUCCAUGCUCUGAGGGUCAUCGGCUCCUCUGGCUAUCAGAAAUGUAUUAAAUAUCUCUGGAAUGGCUGGUAUUGCCAGGAGGAAGGGAACCCGACCAACUUCGUUGAAUAUCAUAAGCGGGAUGAUCCUCACUUUACGACUCAUUUCCAUCCAGACCGCAUGCGAGCCCCGGUUUAUCAGAAUGUAUGCCAGAUCGUCUUCUCGCUGGUGUAUCUCACGCUGUACUCGGCAGUCAUCAACACAGUCAAUCCGACCGGAGACCUGGACUUUGCCGAGGGGGUCCUCUAUGUUAUGACUUUGGCUUUCAUUUGCGACGAGCUCACCAAGCUAUGGAAAGUCGGAAGAAACUAUUUUGAUUUCUGGAACGCCUUCAACUCAACACUAUACACCCUUCUGGCUAUAUCAUUCUUCUUGCGUAUCGCUGCAUUGGCACACUCCUCCUCGGCCGAUGACGAACAAAGGCAGGAACUGAAUCGGCUUAGCUACAACUUCAUAGCCCUUGCGGGCCCAAUGUUCUGGAUGCGUAUGAUGCUUUACCUGGAUUCAAUCCGCUUCUUCGGUGCCAUGUUCGUGGUCCUGCGGGUUAUGAUGAAAGAAAGCAUCAUCUUCUUUGCACUCCUUUUCGUCGUUCUUGUGGGAUUUUUCCAGGCCUUUGUUGGAAUGGCACAAGUCGAUGCCGAUGUUCCUGUCACAGGCUCGAUUAUCCAAGGAAUGGCAAAUAGUAUCAUGCAGAGCCCCGAGUUUGACACGUUCCAGGACUUUGCUUUCCCAUUUGGCAUCAUUCUUUACUACCUCUUCAACUUUAUUGUCAUGAUUGUCCUGUUGAACAUCCUGAUUGCGCUUUACAACAGUGCGUAUGAGGAUAUCUCUGGGAACGCCGUUGAUGAAUAUAUGUCAAUCUUUGCUCUGAAGACGAUGCAAUUCAUCCGAGCACCAGACGAAAAUGUUUUCAUUCCACCCUUCAACCUUCUCGAGAUUAUAUUCCUGGUGCUCCCAUUUGAAUGGUGGCUUCCUCGCCGUUACUACGCCAAGAUCAACGAUUUCAUCAUGGCCGUCAUUUACUCUCCCCUUCUUCUUAUUGUCGCAUCUCUCGAGACGCGCGAGGCCCGUCGGAUCAGAUGGAACCGUCGCCGCGGCGAAGAGGAUGAUGACGACGUCCAGGAGUGGGAGCACGUUGCUGAAGAAGUUGAUUUCGAAAUUGAUGAUACCUGGCGACAGACUGUUCGCGAGUCCACACCAAAUGUCAAUACCGACACCUGCACUGUGGAGAUCAUCAAGCUGCAGCAACAGGUUAAGGAACUCACUGAGACUGUUCGACUUUUGACUAAUGAGAGGAAAAACGAGACUAUGUCUGGGGUGAAUGGUGAGUCUAGCUCCAGCGGAAGUGCACACGAUUAA